AAAAAAAGAAGGCCAACCGAAAGUAGCAUCAAUGAACUCAAAUAUUUGAAAUCAGUUGUCCAAGAGACCCUGAGGCUACACCCUCUAGUUCCUCUUUUACUUCCACGAGAAUGUGGACAAGCAUGUGAGAUUCAUGGGUAUCAUAUACCCGUCAAAAGUAAGGUCAAUGUCAAUGCUUGGGCAAUUGAAAGAGAUCCAAACUACUGGACUGAACCAGAGAGGUUUUAUCUAGAGAGAUUCAUGGAUAGCUCCAUUGACUACAAAGAUAGUAAUUUUGAAUACAUUCUGUUUGGUGCUGGAAGAAGAAUAUGCCCAGGCAGCACAUUAGGUUUAAUAAAUGUUGAGAUCGCCCUUGCAUUGUUGUUGUAUCACUUUGAUUGGAAGCUUCCUAAUGGAAUGAAAAGUGAGGACUUGGACAUGACUGAGCAAUUUGGAGUGACUGUUAGAAGAAAAGAUUACCUGCACUUGAUACCCAUUGUUUCUCAUCCAUUUCGGGUAGCAUUGGAUGAGGAUGAAGAGGAUGAAGAUGGGGAGUAUGUGGAUAGCGAAGAUGAGGGGGAACCUGAAAACAAUAAUGAUGAAGCUUUAGAUGCAGGGACUGCAGUAUAG